CGUGACGUCAUCGUCUGGGAGGCAGCUCCUGUGAGUGGGGUGGGUGUGAUCUGCGGCCACGCCUCCCUCCCGUGGUUACUCCCCGUUUGGAAUGUUGCGCUCCGGCAGCUUUGAUACAUUUCAGGCUUUCAUUGAGAAAGUGACAAUCCCCGCGUGUCUAUCCGGGGAGAAGUCGAGCCGAGCCCGGCCCACAGCGCCUGGACCACGGGCACCGCCUGGUACACACACACAGCCUCUCGCUCCGUUAUCUGCUCUGCCUCCACCAUACACCUGCUCUGUUCAGCUGGAUCUACAUCGGCACCAGUCCUGGACACCCGCAGAGCUCAGCGCUACCCCCCGAGCGCCCUGCAUCCUGCGCUGCGGGCUUCCUCACCCCCGGCUUGUGGCUAGCAGCGCUGCUGGAUGACAUUGCUCAGUGACUGCCCUGCAUUGCUGCGACCCGAAACUCCUGCUGCCCCCAGAUCGUCCUGGUGGGGGACCCUGACCACCCCUAGGCUCAGGACACACCGAUAAGGGGAUAUUAAGCAGACACCACCUCUGACAAAAGCUCUGGUGAGAGGACAUCUAUCCCUGACGGAGCCUGGUGAGAGGACAUCUACCCAGCCUGGUGAGAGAAUAUCUACCCCUGACAGAACCUGGGGAGAGGACAUCUACCCAGCCUGGUGAAAGAACAUCUACCCAGCCUGGUGAAAGAACAUCUACCCAGCCUGGUGAAAGAACAUCUACCCAGCCUGGUGAGAGAACAUCUACCCCUGACAGAACCUGGGGAGAGGACAUCUACCCCUGACACAGAACCUGGGGAGAGGACAUCUACCCCUGACAGAGCCUGGGGAGAGGACAUCUACCCCUGACAGAGCCUGGGGAGAGGACAUCUACCCCUGACAGAACCUGGUGAGAGGACAUCUACCCCUGACAGAACCUGGUGAGAGGACAUCUACCCCUGACAGAACCUGGUGAGAGGACAUCUACCCCUGACAGAACCUGGUGAGAGGACAUCUACCCCUGACAGAACCUGGUGAGAGGACAUCUACCCCUGACAGAGCCUGGUGAGAGGACAUCUACCCCUGACAGAGCCUGGUGAGAGGACAUCUACCCCUGACAGAGCCUGGGGAGAGGGCAUAUGUCCUUGCCAGACCCUGGGGAGAGUAUAGCUACCCCUGCCAGACCCGGUUGAGAGGAUAGUUAUACCUGCCAGAGCCUGGUGCGAGGACAUCUAACCCAGACUGAGCCUGAUGAGAGGACAGCUACCCCUGCCAGUGCCUGAUGAGAGGACAGCUGCCAGUGCCUGCUGAGAGAACAUCUACCUGAUAUGAGAUAUACCCUUGGCAAAGGCAACGGUAAAACAAUUUCCCCUGACAAAUGGUGUCAAUCCAGCCUGACUGCUGAUAGGGCUGUUGUGCUGGGGGAAUUUAGCCCCGUUGGGGCUGAACACUAGGAAGCCCUUUGCUGCCCACUCCAUGCGGAUCAUUUUCCUGGCCUGAACGUCUGGGUGAACUGAGGACUGGUGUGGGCAUGAGGACAGCCUGAUCCAUCCUGGCCACCCUGACUGCCCAUUGCAGAGAGAUGUCCAGAAGAAAACAGAGUAAUCCUAGACAGAUUAAACGUUCUCUUGGUGAAAUGGAAGAGACAGAGGAGAAUCUUGUGGCGGAGUCAAACCUUUCUGAAAAAGACGGAACCAGUUCGGAUCCGGAAGAAUUGGCAGACUGCGACUCUUCCAGCCCAUCUUACAGCGACGGCCCUGAAGGAGACGGGCGCAGUUCGGUACCGCACUCUUUGGAUCAAGACUCAGGAGAACAGAGAUCAUUGCCGAACAUGUGCCAAGUGCUCUCGUCUCCAUGUGUCUCAGCAGAGGACGAAUCUCAGGAGGGUGAGGAGAACCUCGAUUUCAAAGCGUCCGAGCGUCCACCGAGUGCAGAGAAUGCAGAGGAGCCGCUGAGCUGGAACGGACCAGAUGAACUGGUUUUGGAGAUCCCCUCGCCAGAUGGAGUCAGCCGGGUUCUUGCUCAGACGGAGAUAGCCAAAGGCUGUACCUGGGGUCCAUUCAGAGGAACCUUCAGUGGUAACGCAUCUUCUCCGGACCGGACACAAUUGAGCGUCGCACUAUCGCUGGACCUAGAUGAUGACUGCUGGCUGAAAAACAUUACUCUGGUCCCAUGUGAACUAGAAGCCAACUCCGUGUUGUACCGGAAAGGUGACCAGAUAUGGUGUAAGACCUCUCAGGUCAUACAGCAAGGGGAGGUCAUCAGAGCCUUCCUCAUGGCAGAACCUCAGGCCAUCCCCAAUUUCACUGUGAAAGAGGAGCCUGGUGAGACCUCCCAGGGAGCCAACACCAUUCCUGAGUUCCAGCUGCUACCCCAGCAAGCAGGAAUGGCUGCCAUCUUGGCCACCGCUGUUGUGAACAAGGACGUGUUCCCCUGUAAGGAUUGUGGCAUCUGGUAUCGCAGUGAGCGGAAUCUGCAGGCGCAUCUUAUGUACUACUGCGCCAGUCGCCAGAGUUCCACCUCCCCCUCGGUGGAUGAAAAGCCCAAAGACACCUACCCCAAUGAGCGGAUAUGUCCUUUUCCUCACUGCAAGAAGAGUUGUCCCAGUGCCAGCUCGCUGGAGAUUCACAUGCGCAGCCAUAGUGGCGAGAGACCCUUUGUGUGCCUGAUCUGCCUGUCCGCUUUCACCACCAAAGCCAACUGCGAGCGCCACCUUAAGGUUCACACGGACACCCUCAAUGGUGUUUGCCAUGGCUGUGGUUUCAUCUCCACCACCCGUGACAUUCUGUACAGCCAUCUGGUAACCAACCACAUGAUCUGCCAACCAGGGCCAAAGGUCGAUGUGUAUCCAGUCGGGAAAACACAACCUUCAGCCAAGCCAGCAAAUCCAACUGUAAAUCCAGCAUCUGCCUCCAGUCUUCUGACCUGCAACCUCUGUGGAUUCUUGGCUGACGGUCUUCCUACUCUCCAGCAACACGCAGUUAUUCACACUACAGCUUCUGUUCCGUUCAUCCCGCAGUCUGUCAAGUCCCCAUCAGUUCCUGAAAGGGAGCAGCACCCUGAGGUCUUGAAAAACGGUGACGCUAACUCGCCAAUGUCCUCUUCGGGUAGUGAGGAACCUCCUCUUAAAGUCAAAAUUAAAGAAGAACCGGAACCAGAACAAGCGAUCAGUGAUCCUAGCUCUGCCUGCUGUGAGACCGGAGACGGAGCGUCAUUGGUGCCAUCCCCUGCUGUGAAAGUGAAAACUGAAAUCUCCAGUCCCACCCCUGGAUCUAGCCCUGUCCCCAGUGAGCCUGGAGCAGCAGCUGGGGGUGGAACAGUAAUCAUGCCACACUAUGUCUUUGGGCAUGAAGCAUCUCCAGCCAUAGUCCCACAGGCCUCCGAGAUCCUAGCCAAGAUGUCUGAGCUCGUACACAGCCGUUUGAAACAAGGGCAAGCAAUUACCUCCGCUGGCUUUUCAGGGUCACCAGCACCCAAAGGUGCUACUUGUUUUGAGUGUGAAAUCACCUUUAAUAACAUCAAUAACUAUUAUGUGCACAAGCGACUUUACUGCUCUGGGAGACACGUGUCAGACGAGAACCCGGCCAGUAGCCGCAAAGUGAAGGUUGUUCCUGUACGAGCGGCUGUAGCUCCUGGAAGCUCUACACUACCCGUUGUUGAUGAUCAGAGGACAUCCCCACCGCAAGAGGAAGCUGGAGGAGAGAGCAGUGCCCCAACCGUGUCGGUAAAAGUAGAAGAGGGUGCAGAAAACGAAGCCGCGGGGUGCGGACAAAAUAGUGAAAGUAGCCAGACUUCUAGCACACUGGAGGACCCAGUCGCAGAUCCAACACGCACUGUGUGUGAAGCCUGCAACAUCUGUUUCAGCAGACAUGACACAUACGUAGUACACAAGCGUUACUACUGCGCAUCACGUCAUGACCCUCCUCUGCGUCGCAGUGGGAUCAACAAGCCUGGCUUGCCAUUCACACCUCAACCAACUCCACGAACGCGUAAACGCCGCAAGCUUUACGAAAUCCAUGGAGUAACCCCAGCAGAGGUAACCGCUCCAUCAUUGCUGCCCAUCAUGCCGGGCCUUAUACCAGCUCCUACUAUACCCUCUCCCAGUUCCAGCCCUGAUGCAGCAGAUGGGCCUAUCGACCUAAGCAAGAAGCCUCGCCUGUUGGUUGAAGCACCAUUGACUUCUCCAGCUGCUGCCGUGGUUCCCCUGGCAGACUACCACGAAUGUACGGCAUGCCGGAUUAGUUUCAACAGCCUCGAAAGCUACCUGGCGCACAAGAAGUUUUCCUGUCCUGCAGCUACUUUGCAACAAAAGGCUCUUCAACAGCUUCAGAAAAUUAAAUCCCCCUCAAAUGCAGCUGGAAAGAUCGGGGAAGACGUAGUGAGAGUGAAAGUGGAGAGAAGAACCACUUUAAGUCCAGCAUCAGUGAGUGAGACCAUGCAGCCGCUCGCUGUGCCGUAUACGGCUGUUCCGGAUAGCAAACCACUUCAACUGUACUCUGCCGCACUAGAAGCCUCUCCAUCUGCUACAGCCACAUGUCCUUAUUGCCCUCCUAAUGUGGUAAUUCGAGGAGACCUACUUGAACAUUUCAGGAGUGUCCAUGGUCUGCUGUUGGCAAAACCCACCAUAGGUCACCGUCUACAGGGCACAGUCAUGGAGGUUCUAUUACCUGCUCGGGUACAAUCAAGUAACGUGUCAGAGAGCAGCUUGCCUAGUCCCCCUGUCUCAUCAUCAUCUCCACUACAACUCUCUGGGCUCCAAAAAGACAUUACAAACAACAAAGAUGCCACAUCCUCCUCCUCUUCAUCAGCCAGUGGUAGUCCGGUUUCAACUACCACUCCACGUGCAGUGUUGACCAGCACCCCUAGACCCUUGUUGCCAAGCUCUCCAGCCCUUCCUUUAAAUCCUUUGGUAGAAAAUCAUAGGGAAGAUGGACUCAGGGUGUCCACUCAUGCUCUGCUACCUGGGGACAAAGCAAUGCAGCCCCCUAAGGCUGGCCUAACGUCUCCAUUGCCCAAUGGAAACCACAGGUAUUGCCGACUCUGCAAUAUCAAGUUCAGUAGCCUGUCGACUUUCAUUGCUCACAAAAAAUACUACUGUUCAUCUCAUGCUGCAGAACAUGUGAAAUAAACUUAGUUGGAGAUGUUCUGAGAAGUGGUUUUAAAGCACUAAAUUGACUGAGUGAUUGGGGACAAUAAUGGUCAUUGUGACUCUAUGCUCUGUACUUUCCAAGUACAACUUGUGGAUGAGGAAUGAUACCCGGAUAAACCUCAGCCUAAGUGACACAUUUAACUGGUGGGUCAGCCUACUGCUAUUGGAGCAUGACCGUUGUGUUGGACUUUAUUGCGGUCUGACGGCACCGUGGAUAUCCUACCCACUUGGCAUGAGAGUAUCAUGGAUUUUUGUCCUGUAAACUUGUAGAGAAUCCCUUCUCUUAUCCGUUGUGUAACAACAGAAAGCAUUACGUUCCUGAUGGACCGACGUGUUUCAGGUCUUUCAAGACGUGCUCUGUUUGUUACUAAAACACAUGACGACUGCAAGACUCUCAGUCCAGUUACUUGGUGAAUGCCUCCCAAUUGUUAAGCACAAUAACUGUUACAAAGAGUGAAAACCGUCAAGACAAAUGUCUUUGUUACAGGGCUGGGGAGGGAAUAACUUUUUUAGUAAGUUAUUUUUAAACUGUAUUUAAAUGAAAGUUAAGGGGUAAAACCUGCUGGGUUUUUCCUCCUUCUUUUUUUUUUUCUUCUCUUUUCUUUCUCUUUUGUAGUGAAAACUCUAUAUAUUUGGAAAAUAUUUUGAUUUUUCCAGUACCAAUGGAGUUAACAUUUUAUUGUGGCGAGUGAGGCAUGGUGUAUCCUGUGAGACUUUUUUUUAAAACUUUAAUUAUUUUAAAUUUCUAGGAUGGUUUUGAGUAGGACCAUCAGCCCAAAUCUUGUCACAGAUACUGAUCAUUCUCAGGGCUGAAAACCAGACUCUGUGUCUAGGAACACAACGCGUUUCUUUGGGAUCUUAAGACAGAAGGAGAUGAUACAGUGCGGUGGGUGGGUACUCGGAGAUGAACAGUAUACCUCUGGCAACCUCAGAAACAACUGUUACCUGAUGCUUUCUUCUGUUUACGAAGCAUACCUUGUUUCAGUUGUAUCCGGAGAUUUAGCAUUUUACCUUUUGUUAUCUUCUUCCACCUUGGCUAAGAAAAUCACUUUCAAUACAGUCCGGUGCAUUUACUCAGUUUAUCUACAUAAAAAAAAAAAAAGUGAUUAAACCGAACAACACUGAACCAACGAGGAUCUCCCCUACAAACUGUAGGCAAAUGGUAGGUGCUGUCAGAGUUCGGAUAGGUUCACAGCCAGACUUGUUUUGGAAUGUUCCAUGUGUACGAAAAAUGAAGGGCACUUAUAACUUUUAUGACCGAAGGGUUUUGGAUCCCACCUGUUGGUGAAAUAUGUGACACAUUAGAAGUAUGGAUGCUCAACCGUUCAACAGGAGAGAGGGAGAGAAUUUAUAAAAGCACUAUAUGAAGCACCAGUUAGUAUUGACUCCUUUCCGUCUGAUCCCUACGAAGAUUGUUUUUUGUUUUGUUUUUUUAAAUGGGUGUAUUUUUUAUAUGGCAUUAUAUAUGCCCAAAACUGGAAGAAAAAAAAACAAGUUGUGUUUAAAAUAGUCCUUAAAUAUAUUUAUAUAUUAAUAUAGAUACCAGGAGCACUGAUCCACAAAUAAAAGCACACAGUUCUGGUGACUAACAAGUGUGUAUAAUUCUGUACAUAAAUAAAGCCUGUGUAUAUUA